AUCAAUCUCACAAGUGCACAGCUUCUUAUUUCGGCGCAAGUUUUUAUUCCAAAAAUAUACCAAAGAAAACAAGAUGUUCGUUCUUGGACUGUGUUUAAGUUUAAUAUUUGCGUUAAGCAAAGCAUUUCCGGUCGAGUAUUACUACCCAAGUGGUCUACAAUCGAACGAUCUAUAUGAUUUGGAUGGUUACAAUACCGAGCCCUAUGCAUACCACGUACCAGCUAAUCCUCAUUUUGUGUACGAUACAAACGAAGGUCGUUGGAUUCCUAAAUGCAAUGGGUUUCCCAGUUCCCAUUAUCCUGUCCAGGAAAAUAAACCACCUCGAAUCAAUCCGUUAAACGCAAAUCAUCGUCGACGCGCAAAUCGUCGUCAAGGAUUCUUACGUUCCGGUCACAGUGCAACGUUCGAUGCGUUCAGAGGUGCCAUCGCAUUUGGUUAGAAAUUAAUUAGUUUGUAGUUGAGAGAGUUUUUUUUAUACGUGCAAUGAAUUUACAAAAGUUUACA